UGCCUCGAUAAAACUCUCCUUUUAGUCAGCAGUCUGCCAAAAUCGAUGCUGGAUCAAAACAUUAACAUAAAACAGAAAAAUGUAGGGAUUGUUAUUUGAUGUUUACCUAACAUUAACGUAAAACAAGCUGCCCGGCCACCGUAACGUCCUCAACAGGGUUGCGCGCGCCUCUUUGCAGCGGAAGUUGACUUUAGUUGUUUCUGAUAACUUCCGUAACCCGUGCUAACCACAAAACCCAAACAGUUUUGAAGCAAAAAUGAUAGUUUGCUGCGUGUCUGGUUGUGAAAAGCGGUAUAUCCGCAGCAAAAAAUUGAAAUUUUACAAAAUACCGUCUCGGGGCCACCGGAGGCGUUUGUGGCUGCGAGCAAUACAAGAAGCGAACGGCAGCACUGCGAGACUCACGGAAGAUGAUCGCGUUUGUGGCGCUCAUUUCAUAUCAGGAGAAGCAUCUAUGGAGCGUGAUAAGCCGGACUUUGUGCCUUCUGUUUUUACCUGCACCAAAAAAAAUCAAAGCCCCAAGAAAAAAGUGAGACGGAUUUAUGGUCGUAGAAAAAGGCAUCGCCGGAAGGCAAGAGGCAGAAGAGAGGAAAAUGCAGCCCCACUUCAAGCUGAUUCUUCUGCGAAUCCCGAGCCGUCUGUUUCGAUGCGAACUGAAAGUGAAUUUUCAGAAGAAAUGCAGACGCCAGCAACCCCCUCAGUGCCAAAGGAAGGAGAAACUGUGGCAAAAGUGUCUGAGACUGAAGCAGAAACCCAAAUUAUCCAGUCUCAAACAAUGCUCGACUUAAAUAAGACAUCACCACCCUUCAAAGGACUACCAGACACCCUAAAACUAGAUAAGAGAAGGCUAGUUGUGCUCCUGAAACCUUUAGUUGCAUCAGAAGGUGGUUAUCGGUGUGAACUGUGCAGUCAGACCUUCACUGAUAUACCACAGCUGGUAAAACACAAACGGCUGCAUGAAGAACAAAGGUCCUUUCUCUGUGAAAAUUGUGGAAAAAGCUUCAUAACUCAGGCAGAUUUCAGUGAGCACCAUGCUGUGCACAGGGAUGAGCCCCUCUUUCCGUGCAACAUGUGUGAUCGAUCUUUCACCACGAUUCACCAACUGAAGCGUCAUAAACUGCUCCAUGUUAAAGAUGGCAGGAAGUGCCUCAGGUGUGGCACGCUGUUCUGUCAGCGUCACAACCACAUUUUAUUCCUUCCGCAGACAGAGUUUAAAACGGAGUCUGAGCCUGAGGACAGUUCCUCCAGGAGUGAGACAGAAAAUGAACUGGAACCAAGCCAGAUGACUGAAAUACCUGGCAACACUCAGAGCUCAAGGACCGUUACACCUCCACUGUCUACUUCUGCUCCAACUGCUGCUCCUACACCCCCAAAUCCCGGAUUUCUAUCCAAGCCCCCACCUUUGGCUUCAUUCAAUAUAUUACCAGAAAUCCCCCCACCGGUGUUGCUGAGACCGUGUCCUGUGCCUCGUCGACUCUAUCCAGAAGCGAGACACUCAGAAAACCCGGGUUCCUCAUUUCACCAUGACUUGUUCACCCGAAAUACAGAACUUCCAUCUUCACUGAAGAUCUUUUCACCUCAGUACCUCACCUCAGCCUUCCUAGAGGUUAAAAGAAAUUAUGAAUAUAUUUUAAGCAAGCCGAAAAAGUGUAGGGUUAAGAAUCCGGUGAAGAAGGAACAAAGUGAGGCACCAAUAAUUUCACCAGAAGAACACACUAAGCCAGAAAAAAAGGAGCGAAUAGCUUAUGACCUGGAGAUUAUGCUCUGAUCUGAAUAAUGGAUUAGAAUGACCUGUUUACUUACCUGACCUUUUUGCCUUACUUAAGAUGUUCAACAUUAGUGCUCCUAUCCUAUUAGUGUUUCUGUUCUUUGAGUUAAAAGGCAUUUUAACAAAAGCAAGGCUGUGUUCAGUUGUGUUUGGCUUAUACUUGCACCACUUUUGCCUCUCUUAGCACACUGAUAUAUUUGUAAGUACUGUGAUGCUGUUAUAAUUUUUUUUUAGUUCUGUAGUUAAAAUCUUUCACUUCUUAAUCAGUGAUGAGGUGCAAUUGUUUUUUUUCGACUGCUGUUUGAACUGACCUGUGUUGUAAAACUGCACCAGGUGGGAUUUGGGCUUCAGGCCAUAUUCUGUACUUGGCAAUUUGUGCCGUAAUAAUCACUUUAGUCUGUGGAAAAAUGCACCGUGUGCUACAAACGGCAUCAAUAAUAUGAUCAAUCAUCUCUAAUAACAAUUGCCACACAAUUCAGUUUUCACAUCUGCCUCAGCUAACUGGAAACAGAUAGUGGUUGCAGCUUUAUAUUACACACAUAAACCAAUCAGCCGUAACCUUGAAACCGUGAAUAACCUUGAUUGCACUAU